CAGAAAUUCAUUUCGCGGUGGGGCACCCGAACCGACCGGUCGCCUUUAUUGUAUCUUUACCCUUCGACGGAGAACACAGUCUACUUAAAAUAUUCGCAAAAAAUCAACAAAAAAACUGUGAUACCGGUUCAUCAAACCAGUGUUGUUUAGUCGUACAGAAUUCGUGUGCAUUUCAUUUUUAUUUAGGAGAGUUUUUUAAUAUUGUGCUUUGAAAAUGGAAUGCUGUAAAUGCAAGGCAGAAAUAAAAGAAGUUAAGAUGAGGAAAGAGCGUGACACUCUUGGGGAACUGGAAGUACCAGAUGACAGACUAUAUGGAGCUCAGACCGUCAGGUCUGUCAUGAACUUCCCCAUUGGAGGGAUCGAGGAACGAAUGCCGUACCCUGUGAUUGUCGCCUUCGGUAUCCUGAAGAAAGCUGCCGCGAAGGUGAACAUGGAGUAUGGACUUGACAAGAAACUCGCGGAAGCCAUUAUGCACGCCUGCGAUGACGUCAUAUCCGGGAAGCUGUACAGAGAGGGCCACUUCCCUCUCGUCAUCUGGCAGACUGGGUCUGGCACGCAGUCUAACAUGAACACCAAUGAGGUGGUUGCAAACCGUGCUAUCCAACUCUUGGGCGGCAAGUUGGGCAGUAAGACUCCCGUGCACCCCAACGACCACGUGAACAAGUCUCAGAGCUCCAACGACACGUACCCCACUGCCAUGCACAUCGCUGUGGCCAUGGAACUGAGAGACAGGCUCAUGCCAGGCCUUGUAGCACUUCGCGAUACUCUACAAGCAAAAUCUAAGGAGUUUGAAAAGAUCAUCAAAAUCGGAAGAACUCAUUUGAUGGAUGCCGUACCACUGACAUUGGGCCAGGAGUUCGGUGGAUAUGUGACUCAGUUGACCUUUGGUAUCGAGCGCAUAUGCACCACUCUGCCCCGCCUGCACUACCUGGCGCUGGGCGGCACUGCUGUCGGCACCGGACUCAACACACGCAUCGGAUUUGCUGAAAAGUGCGCAGCAGAGAUCGCUUCAAUAACUGGCAUACCCUUUGAAACUGCACCAGACAAAUUCGAGGCGCUGGCAUCUCACGACGCGAUGGUAGAAGUAUCGGGAGCGCUGAAUACAGUUGCAUGCUCCUUGAUGAAAAUCGUCAACGACAUUCGUUUUCUGGCGUCCGGGCCUAGAUGCGGUCUGGGUGAACUGAUGCUGCCAGAGAACGAGCCUGGAUCAUCCAUCAUGCCUGGUAAGGUGAACCCAACUCAGUGCGAGGCCUUGACUAUGGUAGCAGCGCAGGUGAUGGGCAACCACGUGGCCUGCACCAUCGGAGGCAGCAACGGACACUUCGAGCUCAACGUCUUCAAAACUAUGAUUGUCGCUAACGUGCUCAGGUCCAUUAGGCUUCUGGGUGAUGCUUGUCAGGCGUUCAACAAGAACUGUGCAGUCGGCAUCAAGGCUAAUACCGGCAAGAUCAACAAGAUCAUGAACGAGUCCCUCAUGCUGGUCACAGCCCUGAACCCGCACAUAGGAUACGAUAAGGCCGCUCAAAUCGCGAAAACUGCUCACAAAGAGGGAGGCAACUUGAGAGACACAGCCAUCAAGCUAGGAAUCCUAACACCUGAACAGUUCGACCAAUGGGUCAGGCCAGAAGAUAUGUUGGGACCGAAAUAGACUGUAAUAAUGAAAAAAGAGCGAUUUUUUCGCUUAGGCAUUAAAGUAUUUCUGCAACCAUUUUAUAAAGACACAAAUUCCUGUUACGAAUUCACGUUGUGUGAUUUCUGGUGCCAAUUUUUCUGCCUGUUCUAUGGUGGCCCAUUUUCAUUAAAAACUAGUUGUUUACGUUUCAAUAGCUUAAGUUCCUUGUGUUUAUAUUGUAUCCGCUAGAAUUCUAGAUCUGAUUAUCCGUUACAGUCAUGCAGAAAUUCGUUUAAUAUAUUUACUAGCGCGUGAACAGAUUCUUCUCAGUUAUACCUAAUUAUGUUACUCAUUAUCUUGAAAUGUUUAUUUAUUUUUUAUUAAUAUACAUAUUACAAUAAAACAA